AUGUCGUCCUCAUACUCAGCCUGGUUUCGUCAGGGCCCUAACCCUGGAACUAUAAUUACCCUUAACCAACCCGUCCCUUCCCGGUGGAAGAUUCUUGAGAAGUUGAACGAGCAUGACUAUCAGGUUAACGAGGAGGAAAACGAUGAGUAUGGCUUCCGUUCUUUCGCCUCGGCUAAAUAUCUAUGCUGCGAUCCUGGAGCCCCGACUAAGAAAGCCCUCAUGCGCAUCUACAUUCAAGUUCCCCAUCGGAAGACUGAAAUGGAUGAUGCGGAUACCAGAAGCCGACAAGCCACAACAUACAACCCUCCAGAAUUGAUCGCCUACCGGGACCUCACUGAAAAGAGCUCGAGUGACACACCAAAUCUUCUCGGAUACAAGACCGAUAAACAGGAUCGCUCGGGGCUAGUUCCGGGUGGGUUCAUUAUCUGGCUUGUGUGGGAGAUCGUCCCAGGGCUGCGCCUCGGAGACGGCAGUGGCGCUGACCCAUUUUGGGCUCUUGAAUUCUACGAAAGGGAGCAGGUUCGCUCGGCUUUUCUUAAGGCUCUACCUAAGCUGCAUGAGAACGGGUGGUUCCCCCGUGUGUGCGGGGCAAGCAGCCUAGUUUGGCACCAGGAGACGCAAACACUCUACUUUAUCGGACCCUUUGAGAAGGCCGGCAAUCCCGAACGUCCGAUUAUGUUCGGUGCCAACUGGAUUGCGCAUUUCGAUCUCGCCAAGCCGGACCCCUCUACGGAUGAACGUGAUAGUGACUGGGAUAAAGAUACUUCAUGCUGGCAAUGGUAA